GAGUUGAAAGAAGAAUUCACCAGGAUUUUGACAGCUAACAAUCCUCAUGCUCCAAAGAAUAUUGUCAGGUACAGUUUCAAGGAAAAAUGUUUCAAGCAGACAUCACAUGUCGAUCAACUUGCAAUUCACUUCUCUCUAGAUGGCAACAUGAUCCAUAAGGAUUCCGAUGAGGCCCGGAGGCAGCAGAGUAAACAAGGAGCAAGUGAAGAUCGUCAUUCUCUCAGUAAGCGCAGCGGUAUGUGA